CCCACAUCCUUAAAUCCAACUCCCAAUUAAAACUCUCACUCACUAUCAUGACCUCCCACGCAUUGCCACUCACGGUGGCAGCGUUACUCCACCUCCUCUGUACCAUACCCGUCAUAACCACUUCCAUUUCUUUUCCGGAUUUUCAACUCUUCAACAUCAAAGAAACCCUCGAAGGGAUAAGGAACAGGCCUAAACCUGAAGAACAAGAGCUUUUCAGGAACCAAAAUGGAAGUGAAAGUGAUCAGGUAAAGUGGGAGAUGAAAUUACUUCACAGAGACAACUUGUUUUCUCACAGCUUCCCCAACUAUAGCAACCGUUUUCAUGCACGCAUGCAAAGGGACCUCAAAAGGGUGGCGUUCCUCUUCUACCGCCUCUCCGGUGGCAGUGUUACAGACUACAAGGUGGAGGAUUUUGGGUCGGAGGUAGUUUCCGGAGUGGACGAAGGAAGUGGUGAGUACUUUGUCAGAAUAGGAGUUGGCAGCCCGCCGAGUAGUCAGUACAUGGUUAUUGACUCCGGUAGUGAUAUGGUGUGGGUUCAGUGUAAACCAUGUAGCCAAUGCUAUAAACAGUCUGACCCGUUAUUCGACCCGGCUACUUCGGCCUCAUAUAUAGGGGUGUCGUGUAGCUCCAUGGUUUGCAACCGGAUCGAAAAACCUGGCUGCCAUGCGGGAAAGUGCCGUUAUGAGGUCAUGUAUGGUGAUGGGUCAUACACAAAGGGGACCCUAGCGCUGGAGACACUAACUUUUGGAGGAACCGUGGUCCAGAAUGUGGCCAUUGGAUGCGGGCAUAUGAACCGGGGUAUGUUCAUAGGAGCUGCCGGGUUGCUGGGCCUCGGGGGAGGAUCCAUGUCAUUUGUAGGUCAACUGGGAGGACAAAUUGGAGGCGCUUUCAGCUACUGUUUAGCAACUCAGGGCACUCGGGCAUCAGGGUCAUUGGUGUUGGGACGCAGGGCAUUGCCCGUGGGUGCCGUAUGGAUCCCCUUGGUCCGUAACCCUCACUUCCCUACAUUCUACUACAUUGGACUUUCGGGUCUGGGAGUCGGGGGCAUCCGGGUAGCAAUAUCCGAAGACUUAUUUCGUCUAACCGAAUUGGGCACUGGAGGCGUGGUCAUGGACACCGGUACCGCUGUCACAAGGCUUCCCGGAGUGGCUUACCAGGCUUUUCGCGACGAAUUCAUCGCACAAACAACAAACCUUCCUCGGGCCCCUGGGGUAUCCAUAUUCGACACAUGUUAUGACCUAUCCAGGUUCAUCAACGUCCGGGUUCCAACGGUGUCCUUUUAUUUCUCGGGAGGGCCAAGUCUGAUCCUGCCUGCUGCCAAUUUUCUCAUUCCAGUAGAUAACAUGGGAACUUUCUGUUUUGCAUUCGCUCCUUCAGCAUCAGGACUCUCAAUAAUAGGGAACAUACAGCAAGAAGGGAUUCAGAUUUCCUUUGAUGGAGCCAACGGGUUUGUUGGGUUUGGUCCCGAUGCCUGUUGAGAAAAGAUGUAAAGACAAGCAGUAAAUUUUGCUAGCACAA